CCCGUGGACGCUGAUCGGGGCUGCGGAGGGGGAGACUGGGCCUGGCGGGUCGCUUGCCAAGGCCCUACCGAUCUAUGUCAACCUAGGCUCCCAGCUGUCUCCAGCGUGCGGAGCCCGGAAGGGUUGCGGUGGUCGGCUGACAGCAGGGUAGCGGCACGACUUUGGGAUGCUUGUACAGUCCGAGGACGAGGUGCGCAGGCACUUCCAGAUUCCCACGGUGUCAGUCAGCACUCAUCAGCACCAGUGCUCUGUCUGCUGGUUCCUGCCUUUGUAGCACUUGACUACCCUUGUAGCAUAUAAAGGUGUAGUGCAGAAGUCUGCUUUUGCCUCUGCUCGUGGAGGAAGUCUCAGUGCGAUGGUGUGUGACUUAACCAAAGCGAAGCAGGGGUUUGUGGAUAAGAGUGGCAUUGUUUUCCAGUUUCUCUGGUAUUGCUUUUUGAAAUGUGCAGCAGUAGCCAAGUUUAGUUGCACAGUUUGAAAACAAACCACGCCUUAUUACUGUUAGUACGACGACUGUCCAUCUGGACCAUUUUUCUUUUUUACGUUUUUAUUUUUUGAGACGUGGACUCCCUGUGUUGCCCAGGUUGUUCUGGUCCUCGGUGAUCCUCCUGUCUCCAGAGAGCUGGGAUUACGUGUAUGUCAUCUCGUGGGACAUUAAUCGCAAAUGUAUAGAGCUCAGAUUCUUUAAAAACAUGAUGUAUUUUCAACAAUUUGAGUAGGAAAUAGUAAAAUACGUAGCCUUUUUGCACCUUUACAUCUAAUGCCCAGGGACUGGGGGGCGGGGGAGCAUUGUUGAGUUCAUCGUUGAAAGUAUAGCCCAGCCAGCCCAUGGUGGUGCACAUCUUUAAUCCCAGUUCUUGGGAGGCAGUGGCAGGCACAUCUCUUAAGUUCGAAGCCAGCCUGGUCUACAGAUCAAGUUCCAGAACAGCCAGGGCUAUAGAGAGAAACUCUGCCUUGAAGAAAAUGUAGCCCAUCCAACUGCUACCUGUCGGAGUUAUCGUUCUGUCACCCGUGUUACCUCUUCAAAUUGUUUGUAGAGUGACCUUUUCCUCCUAUAGGUCCACCAUCAGCAGUAUCUGCACUUUCCCAAGAGCAGCAGAAAAUGAGUAGAUCAAAGGGCCCACUGUCAUUCAAGGAUGUGGCUGUGGCCUUCACCCAGGAGGAGUGGCGGCAGCUGGGCUCUGAGGAGAAGACGACAUACAGGGAUGUGAUGCUGGAGAACUACAGCAACCUCAUCUCCGUGGGGUAUGACGUUACCAAGCCAAAUGUGAUUAUUAAGUUGGAGCAAGGAGAAGAACCGUGGAUGAUGGAAGGGGACUGCCAUGCUCAAAGUCAUUUGGAAAUCAGCAAAGUUGGUGAUACCAUAGAGAAAAUCCAAGAAAAUGAAGACAAACAUACGAGGCAGGCUGAUGAUCUCAACAACCAAAGAGCAGAGAAAGGGGAUACAUCUGAUAAAAUUUAUGACCUAGAACCACACCUCAUUUCUUCAAGCACAAGAGCUCACAGUUGUGUCUCCUGUGGGAAGACUUUGGAAUCUAUUUCAGCAUUAAUUAGUAGUGAUGGAAGGUAUGCAGUAGAGAAGCCCAACAAGUGUAUUGAUUGUGGAAAAACAUACAGAGAGAAACUGGAUGACUUUAAUCAAAAUGGGGAUACUUCUCAACAUGAUGAAAGUAUUCUGCAGAAAAUUACCAUUUUGGAGAAACCCUUUGAUUAUGAGUGCAUGGAAGCCUUAGACAGUGAAUCUGUUUUCAUGGCUCAUGAGAGAACUUAUCUGGGGGAGAAGCCCUAUGAAUGGGAUGACUCUGGACCAGACUUCAUCCAGAUGUCAGAUUUCAAUGCAUAUCAGAGAUCACAGCUAGAAAUGAAGCCCUUCGAAUGUACACAGUGUGGGAAAUCCUUCUGUAAAAAGUCUAAAUUCAUCAUACAUCAGAGAGCUCACACAGGAGAGAAACCAUAUGCAUGUAAUGUGUGUGGAAAGUCUUUUAGUCAAAAGGGAACCCUCACUGUCCAUCGGAGAUCACAUUUAGAGGAGAAACCCUAUAAGUGUAAUGAAUGUGGGAAAACCUUCUGUCAGAAGUUACAUCUCACACAACAUCUGAGAACUCAUUCAGGAGAAAAGCCCUAUGAAUGUAGUGAGUGUGGAAAAACUUUCUGCCAAAAGACACACCUCACUCUACACCAGAGAAAUCAUUCCGGGGAGAGGCCCUACCCAUGUAAUGAAUGUGGGAAAUCCUUCUCCCGAAAGUCUGCCCUCAACGACCAUCAGAGAACACACACAGGAGAGAAGCUUUAUAAGUGUAAUGAGUGUGGGAAAUCCUAUUACCGGAAGUCCACUCUCAUUACACACCAGAGAACACACACGGGGGAGAAGCCCUAUCAGUGUAGUGAGUGUGGGAAAUUCUUCUCUCGGGUAUCAUACCUCACCAUACACUAUAGGAGCCAUUUAGAAGAGAAACCAUAUGAGUGUACAGAAUGUGGGAAAACCUUCAAUCUAAACUCAGCUUUCAUUAGGCAUCGGAAGGUACAUACAGAAGAGAGAGUCCAUGAGUGUAGUGAAUGUGGUAAGUUCUCUCAGCUGCAAUGUCUUCCUGAUCACACAAAUGACACAGGAGAGAAACACUAUGAGUGUAACGAGUGUGGGAAAACCUUCCUUGAAAAUUCAGCCUUCAGUGGGCACCAGUCCAUUCCAGAAGGGGAAAAAACUUAUGACUGUAAUAUAUGUGGAAAGUCAUUCUCAGAUUUGUCAUACUACACUGUACAUUACAGAGGUCAUUCAGAAGACAAACCCUUUGGGUGCAAUGAAUGUGGGAAAACCUUCUCUCAUAAUUCAUCCCUCUUUAGACAUCAAAGAGUACACACAGGUGAGAAGCCGUAUGAAUGUUAUGAAUGUGGAAAGUUUUUCUCUCAGAAGUCGUAUCUCACUAUUCAUCACCGGAUUCAUUCAGGAGAGAAGCCCUAUGAAUGUAGCAAGUGUGGGAAAGUCUUCUCUCGGAUGUCAAACCUCACUGUACACUAUAGAAGCCAUUCAGGAGAGAAACCUUAUGAAUGUAAUGAAUGUGGGAAAGUCUUUUCUCAGAAAUCAUACCUCACUGUACAUUACCGGACUCAUUCAGGAGAGAAACCUUAUGAAUGUAAUGAAUGCGGGAAAAAGUUCCAUCACAGAUCGGCCUUCAAUAGCCAUCAGAGAAUUCAUAAAAGAGGGAAUGUAAAUGUACUCAAUGUGGAAAGUCUCUGACAUCUCAAUUAAACAUUGGAAGUCUAUUAGGGAGUCGGGGUGGAUCCCCUCCCCAAUUUUUAUAUUUGUGGUGCUGGGAAUUGAAUACAGGGCCUUUUGCAUGCUAUAGAUGCUCUACACGGAGCUCCACCCCAAUGAUUCACAAGUAGAGCGUCCAUGCUCUGAAUGAGAAGUCCAGAAAUGCAUUUUAAACUGAAUUUUCAGAGAAGAAUCCGUAAAAAUCCAGCAAGAAGAAACCAUGACCAUGUAACUCACGGGACACUACGUAAUUUUUACAGGAGCAAAACUUUCAAAGUAUUUAAUAUUUAUUUUUGAUUUAAAUUGUAUUUACCUAUCAGGGAGCCUUGCUAAGAAAUGUCAAUAAGGUGACUAUGUAACACACUUUGGAAGCUUAUGCUAAAAGCCAUAUUCCUGAUGUAAAAACAGGUGUUUAUAGAAAAUACGCAAGAAGUUACCUGUUCUGAAUAAAUUUAUGAAAGGAAGUUAUAAAGUUGGGAGUUGAUCAUAAGGGUUACUAAAUAUGUGGCUUCUCUGGUGUUUUAGAAAUGCAAUUUAAUAGUAAUUCUAUGCAAUUUUUGGCAACCGUGCUUUGAAUAAUUUGUGAAAACAUGGUAUUGAGUAUUGGAAUGACAAAGUGUCACAAUGGGUAUAUUGGUGAAAUGUGUUUUAUAAUAGGAAAGUGCAUAAUUUUUUUGUGAAUGCUUACCAGUAGGGUGGUUUUGUAAAAAUUUUUCAACUGGAAUUGAACAUAAUUUUUUAAAAAAUACUAUUUUGAUAAACUUU